AUGACCACAACAGCGUCGCCAGAGUUCUUACAAUUCGUAAACUACAUGCAAUGUACAUUAUGUGAAGGAAAUUCUCAAAUUCUCACAAAUUUAUACGUGAAUUACAACACCUAUCAACCACCAAUUCCUUGCGGUAGUUCAGCAGAAAAAUUUAUCUUCUGGAAACAACUCUACGAUCAAUACGCGCUAGAACAAGAAAAAAUUGCAAACGCUAACCUUUUCAACAACCCAAAUAAACCCUCUGACCCACGUCUGAAAGUCGUCAAAACCGAACUGCCUGAUGAUUUAACCACCCUAUGCGUUAAAAGCGAAGACACACAGCUAUUUCAAACCUUCAACCUUCAAAAUGAAAUACAUACAUCACCACCGCCACCUUACAACGCACAUCACAUCCAAACCGAAUCUGCUACACCACACAAUUCACCCGUGAAAGAAGAAAACAUGUCAAACGAAAUCACGACUACAAACAACAUUCAAGAUGUCGAAACGGUGGUCGAAGUACUAAAUGAAUCCCCAAUACAAACCUCAGACGAAGAACAAGAAAAAACACCUACCUUGCCAAACUACAAACGCAGUCCAAGUCGUGGUAAAAAUAUCGAACAACUCAAAGCAAUUCACGCUGAAAAUGAAAACAAAGUGAAAGAGAAACCAACUGCACCACCUCGAAAACGAAAGAGACCUGCCGCCGCAUCUACUCGUGAAACUUCCGGCCCCGGAAGACCAACGAAGGACAUCGCCAUCAUACGAGACGCGAAAAUUGCCGACAGUGAUUCCGACGACGGACUUGCAUUUCGUGAAGUAGCCCUGUUCUCUGGAACCGGUCAAAUCCGAAAAAAGACAAGACUACUAACAAAACACGGCAAAGACAUUAAAUGUUUUGCAAUUAAACACUAUCUACCCUUAGAACAUCUUGCUGAACAAAAAACAAAAGCCUUCGCGAAGAUAAAACAACAAAGACAAAAACUAAAAAUAUAUAAUUACAUAGAACAGAACCUACUAGAAAGUCUUAAUGAAAUUCAAAAUUUGUAA